UGCGCACCCUCUCUAGCUCCUAGUCUCUUGUUAGCCUCCGUCGAGGCAGCAUCCGGACGUAGAGCGGUAGGAUUGCAGCAGCAGCAGCAGCAGCAGGGGGUGAUACUGGGGGGAGCAGCCGCAUCAUCCCGUCUGUGAAGAGGAUUCCCGCUUCUCUCCUGUGCCCCCCUCCAAUUCACCAGGGACUCGUUCCAUGUGCACGGAUACCAGUGACAGACUGCUUCCUGGCACACCCCCUCUCCUUGCCCCAUUCCAGGCUAACUUCUCCCUCAGAACUUUGAUCCCUGUCAGCCGAGAGACCCUGAUGGCACAGCCUGUCCUGCUGCAGGGGAGGGCAAUCAAGGGUUAACCCUGCGCUUGUAGAUAGUUGCUGGUGUUCAUCUGUGUCCAGUCAUCCUGGGAUUGCACAGGGCAGCAUCUGUGGGGUGUCGGUUAAUGGGUUAAUAAUAAGUCGUCUUGGGUCUGUCCAAUGUCUUGUCAGUGACCCCUGGGCUUGUAGGGGUUAAUGUGGACUGUUUUGUGGUUGAUCCCUUGUUUCCGUAAGUGGCUCUGUGUUUGACUACUACCCCCAGUCGCUACUUGGUGGAUGGCGUCCCUGUAGUCCAGAUGCCCUGUGAUCAGCAGGAGAUGCCUGGAUUUGGCUCCUCUUUUAUCUCUGCUAUCAGACAGCCGCAUCCAUCUUUGUAGAUAAUAUAGUGUCGCCAGAUUGUGAUCUCGCUGUAACCUGCUGUUUUCUUCAGUAUCUGAUUUAGGGACUUGAGAAUUUUUUAUUUAUUUUUUUACUGGAGGAUCUAUGCAGCUACGGUGACAUUUGUCAUUGAUGGUCCCCUGGUUGGGUCUGCGCUGAUGCCAGCUGUGAACCAAUCGGGUAGGGGCAUCAUUUUUAGUGACUGUGUACCUACUUAGGUCCCGGUCCUCACAGAGAUUUUACUCUUUUAAUCCUGUAGUUCUUUAAUUAUUUUUAUACUGUUGGAGUCUUACACUAACUGUUGAGGAGACUUUAGUGCCCAUCUCCCGUAUGCGGCACCAUGUCCAAGACGCUGAAAAAGAAGAAGCACUGGCUGAGCAAAGUGCAGGAAUGCGGGCUAUCCGGCAUGGGGGGAGAUCCGAGUGCCCUCCUGGAGAUCCGUGGGGGUGCUGAGCAUGGAGAGUUCCCUUACCUGGGCCGCCUCAGAGAGGAUGCUGCAAGCUACAUUGCGGGCAAGGUACCCAGCCAAGGGGAUGUACUGUUGGAAGUGAAUGGAACGCCAGUCAGCGGCCUUACGCACCGUGACACCCUGGCAGUGAUAAGGCACUUCAGGGAACCCAUCCGUCUAAAGACCGUCAAACCCGGUAAAGUUAUUAAUAAAGAUCUCCGUCACUAUCUGAGUCUGCAGUUCCAGAAGGGAUCCAUAGACCAUAAGCUACAACAAGUGAUAAGAGAUAACCUCUAUCUAAGAACAAUACCUUGUACAACUCGGUCACCAAGAGAUGGAGAGGUCCCUGGCGUUGAUUAUAAUUUUAUCACUGUGGAUCAAUUUAAAGUCUUAGAAGAUAGCGGGGUGCUGCUGGAGAGUGGAACAUAUGACGGCAAUUUCUAUGGUACUCCAAAGCCUCCCGCUGAGCCUAGCCCCUUCCAGCCUGAUCCAGUAGAUGGGGUUCUCUUUGAUGGAGACUUUGACACAGAGACUACACGAAAGAGAACCACGUCUGUCAGUAAGAUGCAGCGUACAGAUUCUUCUCUCCCGGAGGAAGAGGAAGAUGAGGAAAGAGAGGCCGUGAAUGGCAGUAGUGGAAGUGCAGAUCAUCGAGACCGACCCGAAUCUACAGAUUGGGCAAAAACUGUCCCCAGCUACAACCAGACAAACAGUAAUAUGGACUUCAGGAAUUACUUAACUCAAGGUGAAAACUUGGAACCCCUUCCGAAGAACUGGGAAAUGGCCUACACAGAUGCAGGAAUGAUUUACUUUAUUGACCACAACACUAAAACUACAACAUGGUUGGAUCCCAGGCUGUGCAAGAAAGCCAAAGCUCCAGAAGACUGCGACGAUGGCGAGCUUCCAUAUGGCUGGGAGAAGAUUGAGGACCCACAAUAUGGCAUCUACUAUGUUGAUCACAUUAAUCAGAAAACCCAGUUUGAGAAUCCAGUUGUAGAAGCUAAAAGAAGGAAACAGCUUGGACAGCUGAGUUUGCCUCCAUCUCACGGGGCACUAAAUCCCGAGUCUGAGGCGUCCCCAUUCACCAGAGAUCCAGCACUGUUAAAGGGGGCGAUACUGCGUACCUCCCUGAAGAAGAGCUCCAUGGGGUUUGGAUUUACCAUCAUUGGAGGAGACCGACCAGAUGAGUUUCUCCAGGUGAAAAAUGUAUUGAAGGAUGGCCCGGCGGCACAAGACGCCAAAAUAGCACCAGGUGAUGUUAUUGUUGACAUAAAUGGAACAUGUGUCCUUGGUCACACUCAUGCAGAAGUCGUCCAGAUGUUCCAGCUGAUUCCAAUUAACCAGUAUGUGAAUAUGACCCUCUGCCGUGGAUACCCUCUUCCUGAAGACAGUGAUGAUCCUGUAAAUGAUAUUGUUACCAAUGCCCCACCAAUCAUCAAUGGGCAGAUGACAACUCAAGGAGAAAACAUGGGAAGUCAGGACUUGAAAUCGGGAUUGGUUGUUCUGGAUCAAAAUGGAAAACCAGGCCAUGUGUUAGUCAAUGGGCGUUUAAAUGGUCCUUCACUUGAGAUACAGGAUCAAAGGACAUCUAUGGCUUCAACUGUGAACCCACCGCCAGAGCUUGUAACUGUUCCUUUAUUAAAAGGACCUAAGGGUUUUGGAUUUGCUAUUGCUGACAGUGCAAUGGGCCAAAAGGUCAAAAUGAUCUUGGAUAGCCAGUGGUGUCCUGGCCUUCAGAAGGGAGAUGUAAUAAAAGAAAUCUAUCAUCAGAAUGUGCAAAAUCUCACACAUAUACAAGUUGUUGAAGUCCUGAAGCAAUUUCCAGUUGGGGCUGAGGUGCCAUUACUCGUGUUAAGAGGAGCUCCCCCGUCACCUAUCAAAGUAGCAAAAGUGAAAACGGAUAAGCAGGAUCUGUCGGGCAGCCUGGAAGCAGUUGGCACAGCUGAACCUUUACCACAGCCAUUGCCCUUUCCACCAAAUCUUGCUCGAUCCAACUCCCCAAAACUUGACCCUUCAGAAGUUUAUAAGAAAUCAAAAAAUAUCUUUGAAGAUAAACCUCCCAAUACUAAGGAUUUGGAUGUAUUUCUCCGUAAGCAGGAAUCUGGCUUUGGAUUCAGGGUCCUUGGAGGGGAUGGACCAGACCAAGCGAUUUACAUUGGAGCCAUUAUUCCUUUAGGAGCUGCUGAGAAAGAUGGCCGCCUCCGCGCUGCUGAUGAACUAAUCUGUAUCGAUGGUGUACCUGUGAAAGGAAAAUCCCACAAGCAGGUCUUAGAUUUAAUGACCACUGCCGCUCGAAAUGGUCAUGUGCUGCUUACAGUGAGAAGGCAGUUAUUCUUCACAGACAAACAGCAAGAAGAGGAGGACGCACAAAACCCUCCUACUAUCCUCAAUGGCUCUCCCAGGUUAAACCGAAUUGAAGUGACUAGUGUUCCCAAACCACCCGCAGAGGCUUAUGAUGUCAUCUUACAGCGGAAGGAGAAUGAAGGCUUUGGAUUUGUCAUUUUGACCUCUAAGAAUAAACCGCCACCAGGAGUCAUUCCUCACAAGAUUGGACGGGUAAUAGAAGGAAGCCCUGCUGACCGCUGCAGAAAGCUAAAAGUGGGAGACCGGAUCUCCGCUGUUAACGGCCAGUCCAUUGUGGAGUUGUCACAUGAUAACAUUGUGCAACUCAUAAAAGAUGCUGGGAAUACAGUCACCCUCACUGUGAUUGCGGAAGAAGAACACAGAGGUCCCCCAUCAGGAUCCAACUCGGCGAGACAGAGUCCUGCUCCACAGCACCGAGCCAUGGGCCAAGCACAACCCAAUUAUGGGACACUGGAGAGAAAUACGUUGGACGCAGACAGCAGUAAGGGAGAUCUCUCUGCUCCAUACAGAUUCUUAUGGGCUGAUCAUAAGCCCGACGCUGCGCACACCCUGCCUAGUGGAAGCCGACACUCGCAGAGUGCUGGUUGCUACCCCGUGGAGUUGGAGAGAGGAUCCAGAGGCUUUGGUUUUAGCCUACGUGGUGGUAAAGAAUACAACAUGGGACUUUUCAUUCUCCGCCUUGCAGAAGAUGGGCCUGCGAUCAAAGACGGCCGCAUUCAUGUCGGGGAUCAAAUAGUAGAAAUUAAUGGAGAACCAACCCAAGGCAUCACUCACACACGAGCUAUUGAGCUGAUCCAAGCUGGUGGGACCAAAGUUCUUCUCCUAUUAAGACCUGGAACAGGACUUAUUCCAGAUCACGAAGAUUUGGAAGACAUUCAUCCUCCAUCUAUAAAUGUAACAUAUGAUGACAUCUCUGCAUUUUCAUCAGCUUCAUAUGUGGAUUGCACUCCUGAAGUUUUUCCUUUACCAGCACCUGAUGAGGAUUCUUUUGAAGUUCAGAAAACUGAGAAAAUGGUUGAGCCAAGUGAUAUACAGCAACCAAAGGACACCUCUGCGUUGCCUAGUGGCGUAAUUCAAGAAGAUAAGGCAUUAACGCAGGAAAAGCAGUCGUCUCCUGUCCAAGGCAAAGAUCAGCAUAGAGAGAGGUCUUUGAGUCCUAAAAAUCCUAAUAGAAAGAAACUGCUGGAUUCUGAGAAAGAAUUCAGCACAAAGAGAGGACGAUCUGUGAGUCCUAAAAAGAUUGAUAGCAAAAUAUCUAAGGAACAGCCUUAUAGCCUUCAGGGGUCUAAACAGACAGAUUCUAAAAAAACACAAAAAGAAACCAGAGACCGAUCAUUGAGCCCCAGGAAAUCCUAUUCUAAAAACCUAGAAGGCAAUAUUGACUCCACUCACGCAAAAGAUGCUAGAAGACAAAGAGGAAGAUCUGCCAGUCCUAAAAAAGCUUACAAAAAAGAGGAAGGAGAGAAGAGUGGCACUGGAAGAGCAGAGAAGUUGCAAAAACAAGAGAAUAGGUCUCCAAAACAUAAUGCCAACAUUGAAAGUAUAGAUCAGCUUAGAGAUAAAAAAGACAAAACAUCUAUUAGAGAAGACAGCGAAAAACCAUUAAAAAUACAUGAAAGGCCUGGGAGAUCACGGAAAGAUGUAAAGGAUGAGAAACUUAGAAAAGAGGGUGUUGAAAAACAAGAAAGAGAUGAAAGAGGGAGGGUUGACAAAAACAUGAACAAUGACAGGGAGGAUAAGCAUCGGAGAGAGGACAGGGAGGAGAAGCCCCAAAAAGAGGAAAGGGAGAAGCCCCGAAAAGGGGAUAGGGAGGAGAAGCUUCAAAUAGAGGACAGGGAGGAGAAGUAUCGGAGAGAGGACAGGGAAGAGAAGCAUCGGAGGGAGGACAGAGAGGAUAAGCCUCGAAAAGGAGAUAGGGAGGAGAAGCUUCAGAGAGAGGACAGGGAAGAGAAGCAUCAGAGGGAGGACAGGGAAGAGAAGCAUCAGAGGGAGGACAGGGAAGAGAAGCAUCGUAGAGAGGACAGGGAGGAGAAGCAUCGUAGAGAGGACAGGGAGGAGAAGCAUCGUAGAGAGGACAGGGAGGAGAAGCAUCGUAGAGAGGACAGGGAGGAGAAGCAUCGUAGAGAGGACAGGGAGGAGAAGCAUCGUAGAGAGGACAGGGAGGAGAAGCAUCGUAGAGAGGAUAGGGAGAAGAAGCAUCAGAGAGAGGAUAGGGAGAAGAAGCAUCAGAGAGAGGACAGGGAGGAGAAGCAUUGGAGGGAGGAGAGGCAUCGGACAGUGAACAGGGAGGAAAAGCAUCAGAAAAAGGACAGGGAGGAAGGGCACAGGAGAGUGGACAGAGAGGAAAAACCCAGGCAACAUGAGAAAUCCAAAAAUGAGAAAAAAGAUGAACAAUUCAUUAGAGAAACCCAUGAAUUAAUUAGUAGCAUAAAGGCAGAUGAUAGGCAUGAAAAGUCCAGACUAGAGGAAAGGUCAAGUUUUGGUGUUACUGACAAAAAAUCUCCACAACACAAAAGUAAAAAUAACGAGGGAAGAUCUCCUAGAAAUGUUGCAAAGUCUGAGGAAAAAAAACAGGACCUAGAACAUACUAAAAAUGAAGGACGUGCCUCGACUGUUAAAGAAAUACAAGACUCUAGUUUCACUGCUAAACAAACAGUGAAGUACCAAUAUGGAGACCUAUUUACUCUUCAUGAGCCUCAAACAAAGAAUCUUGCAGUUGAUACUUCAGAGAAAACCAAAGAUGAAGGUGUUACGAAGACAGGAGGGAAAAAAACGCACAUAGCUCCAGGACCAUGGAAAGUGCCCAGUACAAACAAAGCCACAGAUACCAACACCUUGGAAAUAUAAACGCCAAGUCCAUGUGCUGCCAUCAAGAGCAGCAAAUACAUUUUAGAACUGAAACUGUAUUUGAAGGUUUUUGUUUUUUGCUAUGAGUGGUCUUCCACAAGCUUGAGAGCCACAGAACUCUAUGAAGGUGUCUUGAUGACUUUUUGUACUUUGUGCUGCUAUAAUGAAAGUUGGGGACAGUGUUGUACAGUUGUAGAACAAUAAUUAUUUAACUUUGCCAAUGUGACCAUAACUCCACUACUCGUGCCAAUAUAUCUACUGCUCAGUUUAUCUCCUCUUACUGUAUGUCUUUGUGAAGUGUAAGCUUAACUCGUUUCCUUCAUAAGCCAAAAAGCCUUGGCUGAAUUAUCCGAUUAGCAUGUUGCAUGUUUACAGACAGUAACAAAACAGCAUACAGGUUAGUACUGGACAAAAAGGAAAAAAACAUGUUGCUAGCAUGACAUUUACAGUAGUUAACUUGGAUAUCUACAGAGGUGUUUGCUUUUUUGUGCUCCACACAUUUGAAGACACCUGACAUGAAGACAUGGAAACGAGUUUAUGUAAAAUAUCAAGUGUGGUGUCUGUUGCCACUAGUUUUCUACUUUUUAAAAAGCGCUUAAAAUGUAUUACUGCAGGUAUGGCAGAUGAAGAGGUAAAUUUUGCACCCAUCUGCCUAGUGGAGUUAUAUGAUAACGUACAUGAUUUACAGAAGGCAGAAGAGAAAUAAUAUAUGGAGUUAACCGAGCAGCAUGUAUUUUUAUCGACCUUCGAAAUAAUGAUUUUGUAUAACUUAAUCAUGAUUGGUGAGGGGAAAAAAAAGCUUUUUUUAAGUCUAUGGAAAGCAAAGUGUGAUUGGGAUGAAGUGAACAUGUCUUUCAUGGUGCAAUUUCUGAGGACUGAAAUAUUGUAGGGACAUGAGGCAAAUACAUUGUAUUUUUACAUUGCAGCUUAGGCUCCACAGGUGAAAGACCACUAAAAUGCUGUGACUGUUGUCCGUGCAACCACUAAUCACACACACUGUUGUGUUUGCCACCUGACUUCUUUUCCUAAAGGGUGAAUAUUUUGAGAAUGCCAUUUGUAUGCCACAGCAGUAUACUAAGACAUAAGUACCCUCACAUGAUCUCAGGCAAGCUCUGUUGCCAUGCCCCAAAGAGUAUACCUGAGGUAUGUUAUGUGCCCCUAUAUUCUUUAGUGUGCAGCAUAUUUUGUGUAUGCGUAUCUUUUAGCGUGGACCAGCCGUAGAGUACAGUAUAAUGUUGAAUGUUGCCUACAAGGUCAGAGGUAUCAGACAGACACUAAGUAGGUUGUAAAAGAAAACGAAAAAACACCAUUGCCUAUAUUGUCCAUUUGAUUUAAAGAGUUUGUGUUUUUAGAAAAAUUUUAAUUUUUUUCCAGCAACAGCACCAUUCUUUUCCAUGGGUUGUGUUUGGUAUUGCAAGCCAGCCCUAUUCUUUUCUGAUAUUAAUGCUCGUCUUGGGCAGCACCACUGUUUUCCAAUGUACUCAUGCAUUUGCCUUAAAUGGCCGUACUUUGGGAAUUAGACAUACUUACUUUAUGUCUAAUUAAGCUUAAUCAUAUAUUUGUGUUACGGUUUUUGGUCAUUUUUAAGAGUGCUGUGAGUGAAAGGAAGCUUUGUUCAGAGGCUGAAACCCUGUUGUUAAGUAGUUCUGCUCAUAAAAAAACUGGUGUUGGUUACAAUGUAUCAUUGUUAAAAAUAUAUAUUUGUAAUGUAAAGCAAAAGCAGCAGAACAAAUUUGUUUCCUUCACUAGGCUGCUACUUCUUCACUGGGAUACUUCACUUGGGGCUUAUUCGUCUUACCUUAAUUUCUACAUUUAUAAGGGUCCAUUCACACGCCUGCAAAUGGGUCCACAUCCGUUCCGCAAUAUCGGGAACGGGUGCAGACCCUUUCAUUCUCUAUGGGGCUGGAAUAGAUGCGGAGAGCACACUAUGUGCUCUCUGCUUCCGCAUUUCUGGAGCGCGGCCCCGAAUUGCGGACAAGAAUAGGCAGUUCUAUGGGGGGGGGGGCAGCCAAGUGUAUUGCGGAUCCGGAAUACACCACGAAUGUGUGAUUGGACCCUAAACCGUAGAUCAGGACAGCUUUUCAACUUUUGCUUUCAGUGAGUUCAUGAAAACGUUCACUGAACAUACAUG